UGUGAGAACAUCUUGCGGAAUUAGAUCACCUCUAUCAUAUUCCACGCUGUCUUGACUGCGGACAGUGAAAUGCGAACUGCAGCAAAUGGAGAGGGAAAAGCCAGGAAGAAGUGGCUGCCGAACCUUAUACUGCUGUGGUGACAGUCCCCAUUUUCACAGCUGCUCAAUGCUGACUGACUGUAACAAGGGCUCGGUGGGCUCCUGGCAAACACUCCGUCUCUGUGUUCAACAUAAUCCUUCUUCAGAUUCCAAUGAACUGCGGGUGACGCCUCUUGAAACCAGAGAAGCCUAUUAGCACAAACAGAUGGUCCUGCAGAUGAUAGCGCCAGCUCAUCAACACUAUCCUGAAGAAUAAAGAUGGACUGUGGACUGUUUUAACACAAUGAAGGGAUAUAAUGGAAGUCGUAGCCAGUCACAGCACUCGUCUGGGCACACUUGCCACUGUAUGCCUGAGGAUUGCGACCCUUCCCAUGAUUAUAUACAUCACAGUCAAGACCCUCGGCAAUCUUACAUGCUUAGUCCUUCAGAUUCCUGUUCAAUGGACCAUCACUACUGCGUGUCCAGGAGUACUAUGCCCUCUGAAUAUCCUGCGGUAUCGAUGAGCAUGACUGAGCAGAUGUCCUCCAGUAGUACAUUCCCCAGGAUGCAUCAUAACCCACAGUACGAGUCUUGUGACGACUGCAUGGCUGCCACCCACACUUCCAGCAAGAUCAAUCGGUUACCUGCCAACCUGCUGGACCAGUUUGAGAAGCAGUUGCCUCUCCAUCACGAUGGGUUCCACACACUUCAGUACCAACGGGCAAGUUCCGCUGAGCAGCGGAGUGAGAGUCCCAGCAGGAUACGACACCUGGUGCACUCUGUGCAGAAGCUUUUUGCCAAGUCUCACUCCCUGGAAGCCCCUUCAAAGGGAAAUGUGAAUGGUACAAAGAUGGAGGGAAAAGGUGGGGAAAGCCAUCAUCAUCACCAUCAGCAUCACCACCAGCACCACCACCAAUCUAGGUCAACGAAGAGGAGCAAAAGCAAGGAACGCAAAUCUGAAUCUAAGCACAGAGCCAAGAUCACAGGAUGGUGGAGCUCAGACGACAACCUCGACAGUGACAGCAGUUACAUGAUGGCUACUGGGGCCAGUAGGCACUCUAUGGAACAGGCCUCCCAAUACUGUACAGAACCCAUCGAAAGUGCCUGCAGAGAUCUGACUCUGAAGAGUUUAAAAAGCAGCAGUGAAGGGAAAUGUUCAGCCUGUGCAGCUAUGCCAAUGUUGACUGAUUCACAACAUAUGAAAAGAAGUAUGUGGUCCACCAUGACGGUAAACCAGGCCAGAGAGGCCUAUCCUAGCUCGGGUCUGGGCCAUGACAAACCUUUAAUGCUGCAGGACAAGGCACAGGAAAGGGCUUACCAUUAUCUUCAGGUGCCCCAGGAUGAAUGGGGUGGUGGGUAUCCGGGAGUGAACAAAGACGGUGAAAUUCCUUGUCGGAGAAUGCGCAGUGGCAGCUACAUCAAAGCAAUGGGCGAUGAUGAAAGUGGAGACUCUGAUGCAAGCCCAAAGAUGUCACCCAAAGGAGCUUCUCGGCAUGAGAACUAUCCGAAAUUGUUAGGUGCAGGAGGCAGCAGUGAGCCAAGUCGCUCAAAAUUCAACUGUAAGCACUGCUCUGAUCCAUACAUUUGCAGCCACUCCUACCUGCAAGGACAAACUACAAUGAACUACAGUCUGGAUAAUCUGCACCGGUCUAGUCUCCGUACUCCGCCGAAGCUUCUAUCCAGGAGUCAAGGUUACAAUCGACUGCUCAGUGCCAACAAUCAGAUUGGCGAGGCUGAUCAGAACAGACAGUUCGAGGUGGUGUGUGAGUCAGUCUUUGGAGAAAUGGAAUCCCAAGCUGUGGAGGCUCUCGACCUGCCUGGCUGUUUCCGAAUGCGAAGUCACAGCUAUCUGCGAGCCAUUCAAGCUGGAUGCUCACAGGAUGAUGACUGCCUGUCUGUGUUUUCUAUGUCAGCACCCAUGAUGCCUGCCACGAGUGUCGGUGCUAUUAAAUCCAGCACUUCAUUUAAUUACAAGAAAGCUCCUCCAAUUCCUCCUCGGAUGGCCACAAAGCCAAUCAUCUCAGUGACAGCUCAGAGCAGCACAGAGUCAACCCAGGAUGCAUACCUGCAGAAUGAGGUCCAUCGGUCAACCUCCUGGUCAAAAGAUCUUAAAUCCCAGUGCAAUUCAACAGAUAGUAUUGACAGUGGCAAAGCACUGCACCUGGCACUGGAGUCACGUGCCCCAAGUCGUUCUUCAAUAAAGAGCUCCGAUGGAAUUGGAAUGAGUAAAGGCAUUCUGAAUCGUGAAGAACCAAAGCUACAGCCACGCCAAAGAAAGUGGCGUUCAUCUGUUGGGAUACAGGUGGAUAGUUCAGAGACUAUGACUGAUUCUGACACAGAUAGUAAAGGCCUUCGGGAGUUCCAUUCUAUUGGAGUACAGGUUGAAGAUAAUAAACGGCAUGCCAGAUUUAAGCGUUCAAACAGUGUGACAACGAGUGUUCAGGCAGACCUUGAAUUGGAGGGUAUUCCUGGCCUGUGUGUGAGCACAGAGGACAAGGGAUUUCAGUUUGGCCAAUCAUUCGAGCGGCAUUCCUCAGAGCCAGAGCAUUCCAAUGAGUACACUUCAUUCAGAACUGUUCACACACAAGGACAAUGGGCGUACAAGGAGGAUUACCGAAUGCGCUAUGAUAGUGCAGACGCCCAGCGCCAGGACCACUGGGGAGAGGCCAGUGUUCACAGCCUCCCAGAUCCUGGCAGAAUAUCUCCAUGCCACAGAGACGGUGACUGGUUUAUCAAGUUACUGCAGGCAGAAGUGGAACGAUUAGAAGGAUGGUGUCAGCAGAUGGAGAGAGAAGCUGAGGAAAAUGACCUACCUGAAGAGGUACUUGAGAAGAUUCGCAGCGCGGUAGGCAGUGCCCAGCUUCUCAUGUCACAGAAGUUCCAGCAGUUUUACCGACUAUGUCAGCAGAAUAUGGAUCCAAAUGCUUUUCCUUUGCCUACGUCCCAGGAUCUUGCAGGAUUCUGGGAUCUCUUGCAGCUGUCGGUUGAGGAUGUGACUUUGAAGUUUGAUGAACUUUUGCAGAUAAAAGCAAAUAAUUGGAAAUUGCUAGAGGCUUCAGACAGAAAGGAUGAAAUGAAGAUCCCCCCUCCUAUACCAAAGAAACCGUCGAAGGGAAGGUUACCUGCGGCGCGGGAGAAGUCAUUGGAACUUGCUGACAGACACAGGCAAGAAGCAAGAAAACGACUAAUGGCUGCCAAGCGAGCAGCUUCAUAUCGGCAAAACUCUGCCACAGAAAGUGCAGAUAGCAUCGAAAUCUACAUCCCAGAAGCCCAGACGAGGCUUUGAAAUUGCACAGUGCCAUUUGGCAGGAACAUUGUCUUUAACUUCAACUUUACUUCUUAUGUACAAGGGAUGACAAAGCCAGACCAAGGGCAUAUUUGAAUCCUGCUGUCUGGUCUCAGCGGUAGCAAGCAUUAACAUUCCUCUUGUGUUCUUUUAUGUUGUC